UUGCUUGAAGAUCAAAGCGAUUUCGAAAAGCUGGACCUACUUGGGGAAUUCGGCACCGACGGAUGCCUAUCCGCCUCACAGCAAUCGGUAGCCGAUUUCGUACCGAGCUACACGGAGAAGCAGAAGCGUAACAAGUCGCGUAAGUCGGUCAAGAUCGGUGUGGGCGGGUUCGUGGCGCGGCCUUCGCGGCAACGUGCUGAGCGCCAGGGAAGCGAAGAGUGUUUUUCUUCGUCUGAUACCCACGAGUCACCCAACGUGCUGUUCGGUGGUGGAAACUACCUACAAGACAGUGGUGUCGGUAACGUGUGUGCAGCAACCGACUUCCAACAAGCAGCUUCGUCGCACGCCGAAGACGGUGGCAGCGAUGGGAAACCGAAGAAACGUAAACGUAGUCGAAAGAAGUGUCAGCUGGACGAUUUCUAUCCGGCGUACAUCCAGGAGGCCUUUUUCGGUAAUACCGUAUCUGACCCAAAAUUCAUGCCCCCAGCUAGCAAUUGCAUUCCGUUACUCGAAGAGGUGGUGCCGGCACCGAGUGAAGGCCCAGUCGGUGGCGACUGCGAGAUCAACGCCGAGCUGAUGAGGAAGCCUUUAUCGAGCUGUUCGGCUGGGGGCGGGCAGUCGUCUGGUGGCGUUCGCUUGGACACGCAGAUGGCCGAUAGUGCGGUCGAAUUGAACGAGAACGAGGAGAUAUUUCCUCACGAGUUACAACACCAUGACUUUACGAAUCUCUUGGACAUGCUGAUGCAGGCGGACAUCGACUCGGUUGUGCACGAUGGCGGAUGCAUUAGCGAAAAGCGGCCAUCAUCCGUCAAAGAUGACAAUUUGGACAACUUGAUCGAAAGCGCUUUGGGAGGAUUAGACAACGGCGACGUGGAUCGUCUCAUGGACAACAUGCUUGCUUCAGAAAUAAGGGAAGACGGUGGCGGCGGUGGCGAUCGUUCGAAUUCGAAUCAGUUGCUGACCACAGUAUCGCAGCCACCGCAGCAACCCUCGACGUCGUUUGACCAAUCAGGCACUCCGUUUGAUGUCGACUGUAGUCAAGUGGCUGCAGCGGCCGCUUACGCCUUGGAGUCACAAUGCAAAGCGGUCACUCUACCGAAGACGACGUUCGUCUGUCAGCCAGAGCUGACCAUUCCGUCGACGUCACAGUCUACGUUCCAUCACCAACCUGUGAUGCCGACUAAUAAUAGUCCGAAGGUGGUGGAAUGCCAGGGCGGCGGUGACAUGAAAAGCUACCUCGAACGAUGGGAACAGGACGAGCCUCUCGGGGAACGUUCUUCGAUAGCAGCUGUAUUGCAUGCGAACAUACACUACCCGGAAUUGAAGUUUCGCUAUCCGCAUUGGGCAGAGAGGGCAAAGCACAUCGCCAAGCUCUGGCGAGCCCUGAACCAGGACGCCCGGCAGCAGUACGUGCAGAUGGCGCGCGAGAACCGCUCGAUGAUUCGUCAGGAGUCGAAGGCGCGUCGGCUAUCACCUCGAAGGAAGGACUCUUCGAAGACGCAUGCAGCUUCUGCUGGGACCGGUUCUAGCAUGAAAGUGAUGACAACAACGAGAUGUAUUCCGUCAGGCAGCGAAGGCGACCAGGAAGCAUCAUUUUUAGCCAGUCGAAUGGUCGUAAACAGUGGGUCAGCCGCACCCGGUUUAUUGUGUGAUGUGAACUACAGCAACCUAAGCCGAUUCUCGGUUACUGACGGCUUUGGACCCGUUGUCGGUUCCUCACCCCAAAUGAAACAACAACAGCAGUCACCCAUGUUCCGAACUGAACCGUCGGCAACCCUUUCUGAUAGCGGCCCAAAACAGGAAUCAGAUGACCUUCGCCUAGCCGCUGCCCUGCCUAAGUACAGCGCGUCGCAUGCCGCCGUUUGUUUGCCGUCAUCGUCGUCCGGUGCUGGUGCCGGUGCCGUGGCAGCCCUCAACAAGAACGAGAGUUGCUACUUUCGAAUGCCUUUAGUUCCGAACAACGUCUCCACCUCGUUUGUCACCGGCGGCCAGCUACGAAUGCAGCAGACCGCGGCAGCGGCGGCGUCGUCCUAUUCGAGCAUCGUCAUCGAAGACGGUCUGAAAAUGCAUGACCCACCGGUGCUCAUGCGGCGGCAGAGUUUCAGUAAUGAUAAAACGACAACGCCGCUGAACUUUUCUUUGAACUCUGGGAUGGUUAUGGACCGAAACGCCAUCAUGCAGUCGCUGAAACAACAAAUCGACGACAAUAAACAGCCACCAGCGCAGAGAAUAAUCAAACAGUCAGGCACGUGUUUCAUUGUGAUUACUCACCGAUCGAGAGAAUGUGAUGUCAUCGCUUCAUGUUCUAAGGCGUCAGAAAAUUUUCUCAUCAGAGGAUUAGAUAUAAAGGAAGAACCGUAUAUGGACGAUCGCAAGUGCGUUACUCCAAAUUACUCAGAACGCUUCGGGGCUUCCAUCAGAGGUCCGGGAUCCGCGGAUUCGCUGACCAUGCCUAAUUAUUCUGAGAUGGAUUAUCAUCAACAACAGGGUAAAGCUUCUGGUCCUAUGUUUUCUCAGAGUCACGUGUCUGUGUUCGACGAAUUUCUCCCCGGGGAUGGUAAGGAAUGGGUAAAUCGGGUAAACGUGCAUCAACAGCAGCAAGUUGCGUCCGGUUAUUCAACCUCAGAUCAGUGGACAGCUUCAGGAACGGCGAGCAUCGUCGCUCAACAGCCGAACUACUCGUCUGGGACAAACGUGACGGCUUUAGCUGCGCGAAUCCCGGUUGCGCAGACCAGGUUGCCAGUUCAUCAUUCUUGCCCAGGUGCACUUUCCCCGUCUCCUACAUACAAAGAUCAGUACAGGGAAGACUGGUUGUUAAAAAAUCAACUGAGUUUGGAAAACCAGCAGAAGGCGCUCGAGACGGAACUAAUACAGUUACGCAGAACGAAAAAGAAUACCGGUUCGAAACAACGACAGAUGAGAAAGAACGGAUUGGAGCCGCCCGAAGCCGACCAGCUGGCAUUUACGCGCCUUUCUCAGGAGAUCAGCGAACGCCAGAAGCUGUUGGAUCAUGUGAAGAAGCAGCUGAAACAGCACAGCUUGCUAAUGCAAGACUACCAGACGAAGAGGAACGCCGCGACCGCCAUCGAGAACUCACGGAUUGUUCAGAACGUAAUCAGCGGUGGUCAGCCGGUAGUGGUCGCUUCCUCGUCGACAUCCGCCGACUUGUUGGCCGGCUCAGCUGCUACCGUAUACAAGUUUCCCUACUGUGCAGCUUCUUCGACGGCGGUAGCGGCGAACACGCCGCCGGAUUUCGGUCGCUGUGGCGUCGUCACGGAGCAGUUUGCACCCACUCCUCCACAGUACCGAUUCACCUCAGCCGAACGAAGCGCUUCGGUGGUCGCGGCCUCCCCGUCGCCUUUGAUGCCCCCUGCCUCACCGCUGAUCGUUGGUACCCGCAAUUUUCCGUGCCAGAAGAGCCACUCAGCCGACAACGUCCACCAGUACGCGGGUACUCCGCCUUCUGACUAUGCUUUCGCCUCAGCGGUCGAUCCGUCGUCGUCCCUCGACAGGAACGUUGUCCGUCUUAACGCUGCCGCUGUUGUUUCGUCGAUUCCUCCUGGAUCAGCGUCGGCAACUUCUAAUGCCGGUGUCAUGCAGUCUCCGGCAGCGGAGGCCAAGAUGAAGAAGAAGCGUAGCCGAAAAAAGAAAACUUCAACAACCAGUGCCUUAAACGAAGUAAAGCUUCUUCACGUGCCUAGAUUCGGCUUAAACGGUCAAAGUGGCCUUCUGUUGGAUGGCACCUGUGGCGAAUUGCAAGAAGUUCUGGUCGACAGGCGGCUAAGCAUGUUAGAACGGUAUUCGCACACCGUCGAAGCGGACAUUGUCGAUGUUCUUCAGCGGCUCAUCAACCAAGUUUGUUCGAUGGUCGGCGGCGACAGAGAAGCCAGUGACGGGGCAAACACGUUGCUCAAAACGCUUUUGCAAGACUCUCCCGUAUCCCUACGAGAUGUCGAAGCGGAGGAAAACAGGAGAAAGGCUAGUGAUUGCAAGCGGUUCGCUGUAAACGCGGAAAUUAACGACGCCUCGAAACGUCGUUCCUCGUGGAAUGCUCCGACCUCACCUCGCAAGCGGCAGCGCAAAGCAACCAAGGUGAAAAACGUUGAGUGCCUCUCGCUCGAUAGUUAUUCUGCCUUCUGUGAGCAAGUCGCAAUGCAGCUUCGAUGUCUGGCACCGUUGCCAAUUCAGGAACCGGUCCCCAAGGACGAUCCGUUGUUGUCGCACUUCUACGGCGUCACUCCGUUGUCUAAUCACAAGAACUACGUGAUCGGCAACAAAGUCGGCCGCAUCCAGCUGGCGUUCAUCGGUGACUAUUACUCGCAACCUCUGGACGGCGUGGAUAGGACUGCGACGGUGGGUGCCAUGGCCGCUACACCGGUAUCUGCACCGACCUUGGGUAGCGUUCCCAGCUCGUCAUCCGCAAGCGCCGUUCCGAUCAUCAGCACCGGUGGCUUUCCGGACCUUAUUAACGACGGUGUCGCCAAGUGCAUUUCGCCAUCGAUCGCAGACGACGACAGAUCGACCGGCAGUCCUACGGAGUUGAUCUACAACUCGCAGCAAUGUCCUGAAGAGGAGGUGCUGCCCAACUAUCCGGCGCUAAAGCCAUCAGUCGGUAAUGAGGGCCGACUUUCGCCAAAUUUCCGUCUUGUUGCCGCCGUUCCCGUUCGAGCAGUGCCACCGGACCCCCCAUUCAAGGCGUUGUGUAGCGAUUCUAUGCUAGCGAACAACGGUGGCAACACGUCAAUGACGACGGUGGUGAAGACCGAGGGAACGGACGGCUUAGUGAAUGUGACGCUGACGCUUGAUUCGGACGCAAUGUCGAACGUACACAAUGUCCUGCGAGGCUUGGCGUUCCUGUUGAACAUAGACGUUCCCGAACAAUUCGAAAUUCAGAUGGAUACGCCACCCCAGACUCCGGAACGAGGUAGUGAGGACGAUAACGAUUACGGCGGGGGACACGUAUCCCGCCCCUUACUUACCGCUUUAUCGAUUACUCAUCCGCUUCGUUCGUUAGCCGCAGCCCGAGAGUACAACGAGUCGCAACAGCUGUUCUGUCGUCACUGCGAGGUGUCCAUACAACAAGCGAUGGUGCGCAAGAAGCUGGCUGAACUUGGAUUAACUCCAAAGGAAGAUGUAAGCGCUUUCAUGUCGUUUGCUUUAACCCGCAUAAUGUUCUGAUU